AUUUCCUUGUUCAGACCAUAUAUGUCCAACACUAUGAUAAGCAUCAUCUUGUUACAAUUUUUUCUUUGUCAACUUCGUCCAAAUAAAAAAAAAAUCAUUAUACAAAAAAUAAUAUGAUUAUGACUCUAUUCAUACUUUUUGAUAAUUGGUUUCAAUUUCAUACCUCAUGUUUUCAACAAUUUUUUCCAAAACCAUAAUGAACUUUAUUUUUUUCAUAACAUUUUUCCAUGUGAUUUUUUUCUUUCUUUCAUUGAACAUAGUUUUUUGUAUUGAAAUUGAAAUAAAAGAUUUUCAUCCACAAGAAAGAGAUGCUUUAUUACUCAUAAGAGAUUCAUUAAAUUCUUCUAUUAAUUUGCAUGGAAAUUGGACAGGACCACCUUGUAUAAACAACCUUAGUAGAUGGUUUGGUAUCACUUGUUCAAAUUGGCAUGUUGUUCAUAUUUUAAUGCAUGGUCUUAAUCUUAGUGGCUAUUUACCUUCAAAUUUCCUUCAAAACAUAACUUUCUUGAGACAAAUUGAUUUUUCAAACAAUGCACUUUUUGGAACAUUGCCAAAUCUCAAAGGUUUGGUUUUCUUGGAACAUGUGAAGUUUUCAUUGAAUCAUUUCACAGGGUCAAUUCCUAAGGAAUAUGUUGAGUUGCAUAGUUUGAAAGUUUUGGAAUUGCAAGAAAAUUAUUUAAAUGGUGAAAUUCCAUUUUUUGAUCAAACAUCAUUGAUUAGUUUUAAUGUUUCUUAUAAUCAUUUGGUUGGGAAAAUUCCUGAAAAUUUUGUGUUGCAAAGGUUUCCAAAGAGUUGUUUUGAUAAUAAUUCUGAACUUUGUGGGAAGAUUUUGGAUAAGUUAUGUCCUUAUGAACCUCAUUCUCCAUUUUCUGCACCCCCUCCUUUUGCUAUUCCACCGCCAAGUCAUAAGAAGAGACUUCAAGUUUGGAUUAUUGGUUUGAUUUCUAUUGCAGCUGCAUUUUUUCUGUUUCUGAUGAUUGUUGGUUUCUUGUUUUGCAAAAGACAAGGUAGAGGAAAUGAAACAAGAAGAAAUAAUACAACAAGGAAUGUUUUUGGAGCAUGGGCAAAUAAGAUGGUAUCUAAUGAAGGAAACAGUGGAGAUUCUCAAAGAUUAGGCCAACUAGAAUUUUCCAACAAGAAAUUUCCUGUUUUUGACAUGGAUGAUUUGUUAAGGUCAUCAGCAGAAGUGUUAGGAAGAGGAAAUUUUGGUGUUACAUAUAAAGCAACACUUGAAAUUGGUAAUGUUGUUGCAGUGAAGAGACUUAACUACAUGAAUGAGUUGAGCAAGAAAGAGUUUAUUCAGCAGAUGGAAUUGUUAGGACAGAUGAAGCAUGAAAAUGUUGUUGAGAUUAUCUCCUUUUAUUAUUCAGAAGAUCAAAAGCUUGUCAUUUAUGAACUUGUCUCUGAUGGCUCUUUGUUUGAACUCCUACAUGAGGGUAGAGGAAUUGGAAGAAUACCUCUUGAUUGGACAACAAGACUUUCUAUCAUCAAAGAUAUAGCAAAGGGUCUUAAUUUCCUUCAUCAUUUUUUGUCAUCUCAAAAAGUUCCUCAUGCAAAUCUCAAAUCAUCAAAUGUUCUAAUCCAUCAAGAAAAUCAAAGUUACCAUUCCAAGCUCACAAACUAUGGUUUCUUGCCUUUACUCAAGAAAAAUUCAGAAAAGUUAUCAAUAAGCAAGUCACCAGAAUUUGUUAAAGGAAGAAAGCUUACACACAAAACUGAUGUGUAUUGUUUUGGUAUCAUUAUGCUAGAGAUUAUAACUGGCAAAAUUCCUGGUCAUAUAUUAGAUGAAGUUGAAGAAACAACAAACAGCGAUCUUUCUGAUUGGGUUAGAACUGUUGUGAAUAAUGAUUGGUCAACUGAUAUUUUGGAUUUGGAAAUAUUGGGUGAAAGAGAAGGACAUGAUGCAAUGUUGAAUUUAACGGAGAUAGCUUUGGAGUGUACUGAUAUGAUGCCUGAGAAUAGGCCUAAUAUGAAUGUAGUGUUGAAGAGAAUUGAAGAGAUAGAGAAAAUGGAAAAAGAGAAUGAGUGAAACAUAUUUGAGUUACUAUAGAAGGAUGUUAUGUUUUCCGUGAAGUGUAUCAUUGGAAUAUUCUGAUAUUCAUUAGAACACUUGAUUUAGAUGAGAAGGAGAGUAUGUUGGAUUCGCUGAACCACUACGAUUUUAACAAAAUUUACAUUUUGGAGCUUCAACAAAAUCAUGUUAUCGCUGUGGAAUUGAACUCCAGCAAUGUGGGGUAAACAUUUUUUUAGAAGAGAUAAAAUUAUCUUCGAUGUUGAGAAAUUAUUGUUUCCAUUAUUUUUUAGUUUUUUAUUUUUUAUUUAUUUAUUUAUUUUUUAUGUUUUAGUUUAAAAAGAGAAAAGUCUCGAUGGUAUUCUGGAGGUCAGAUGUUAAAAUUCGUAAAUAGUCUUUCUGUUUGUAAAGAUAAGACGGUGUAACAUUCACUCUCUUCAAAUUUACUCACCUGUCUCAUGCACUGAACAUUCUUUAUGUAUGUACUUUAAAAGACACAACGGUAAAACUUAAGGUAUUUAUUGUACUGAAUAGAGACAUUAAUUCUUCACAUUUGUGAGAUUUAAAA